UCGCACGAUGACCGAGAAUACCAACAAUAGGAGCCAAGUGAUAUUUGAUGACCUGGACGAGAAUGAGACUUCGGCUGCCACCCAAGCCAACAUAUCCAGUCAGCUGGCCAAGAAAAUCUGGGCCGUAACGCCCAACGACGUUUGCCUGGGACUCGUGGAGGCGCCUGAGCAAGCUGUGCCCAAUUUCCCAACCGGAUGCGGAUCGGGAACGGGCUGUGAAAUGGGACCGGUCAGCAAGCCGUCGGCCAGCGACAAUGCCAGCAUUUACGUAACCGAGGUGGAGCGCGUUCUCUACGGAGAUGCCACCGGUUACCCGGAGAACGGCAGCCAGAACUACUUCAAGGCCGCCGAGAACUACUCCAUCUUCGGGGAGGGCUUCCUCGACUUCCCCAAGGACACGGCCAGCUGUCUGGCGGGCCUGAAACCGACGGUGAGUCAAGCUUGGAGUUCCCACCCGGGAUACGAACGAUCCGCCAGGUCGGCGCCUCUAUAUGAAAGAAGACAAGCUUCUCCGGAACAUGAAGGGGCUGCCUCGGGGUCCAACUUGCCGGGGAGCGGCUUUCAGCAACCACAGAGGCAGACUCCUCAGCAGCAGCAACAUCAGCAGCAACAUCAGCAGCAGCAACAUCAGCAGCAGCAGCAACAGCAACAGCAGCAACAUCGUCAACUUGGCAACGAAAACCACAAUCGCAACUCGGUGAACAACUUCAAUGAGAUACCAUUUCCGCAGUUUUACCAUCAGAUGCAACACCAAGCGCCGCCACAACCGCAGCUGAAUGCGCCGCACAGCCAGCAACAUCUGCACGUGCCACAGAAGCCCAUGCAUCAGCAGCAGCAGCAGCAGGGUGUCCCACCGCCACCCCCGCAACAACAGCAGCAGCAGCAACAGCAGCAGCAGUACCAGCAGCAACUACAUCGUCCCAGUGUCGGGGAUCUGGCUGCACUGUCCCACGCCAAUCCCAAGGACUUUGCUCUGCUCUACCAGCAGUUGAUGGCUCGCAACUUGCGGCAAACUCCGCAGCACAACCAGCAACAGCAGCACGCGCCACAAGCUGCCCCGCAGCAGCAUCAGGCUCCUAAUAGUGCUGCUGCUGCUGCAGCCAUGAUCUACAAGAACCUGGAGUUUCAGCAGCAAGUGCAGCUGCGACAGUUGCAGCAAUUGCAUCAGCAGCAGCAGCAACAACAGCAGCAACAGCAACAGCAGCAGCAACAACAGCAGCAACAGUCCCGCUUGCCACGCGGCAUUUUUGGGGGCAACGGUGGUCAGCAAACGCCACAACAUGGAAAGGAACCGCCAGUAGGAACCCACAAGUAACAGUCCACCAAAAAGGUCAGAGGUCAGAUUUCUCCAUCGGAUUUAACGCCCAUUAACCAUUUAACACAUUUAUUUUUCCAACUUUUACAAUUUAUUUGCCAUCUUUUGUGCCACUUAUACACAUGUUAACCAAAUUAAAGUCCGACCUUUGAACCCGAAGUAAUGUAGAUACAG